CUGUGCCCGCGCGUCGCCGUGCGCCAUGGCAGCCGCCGGCGGGCUGCUCCUCCACGUUACGGAGGCCCCGGCCGGCGGCCCCGGGACGCUCUCCGGACCCCGCCGGGCCCAGGCGAGGCGGCAAGCAGAGGCCACCAAAAGAAAACACCAAGCAUCCGGGGAGGCUCCCCCAGCGAAGCGGAGGAACAAGGCAGCGUUUCUCCUGGCCAAGAAAGCUACUGCUAAAGAAACACAAAGGACUUUUAAGGGGAAGGCACAGAAAACAUUUUCUCCAAGGAAAUCUUUGGUCGGUGUGAGUGACGGAACCCGAGAACAGAAACUGUGCGUUAGGACUUCGUCGUUAUUUAAAAACAACCCUGAAAUCCCAGAGCUCCACAGACCUGUCGUAAAGCAGGUACAAGAAGAGGUGUUCACUUCGGAAGCUUUCCAUGAACUGGACCUCCACCCACAUUUAAUUUCCACAAUAAAUACAGUCUUAAACAUGACUAGUAUGACCAGCGUUCAGAAGCAAAGUAUUCCGGCGUUGCUGGAAGGCAGAGAUGCUCUGGUGAGAUCACAGACGGGCUCAGGUAAAACUCUUGCCUACUGCAUCCCUGUGGUCCAGACACUUCAAGCAAUGAAAUCAAAAAUACAGCGCAGUGAUGGCCCCUAUGCCCUGGUACUGGUGCCGACAAGAGAGCUGGCUCUGCAAAGCUUUGACACUGUCCAGAAACUGCUUAAGCCAUUUACCUGGAUUGUGCCUGGAGUGUUAAUGGGAGGAGAGAGAAGGAAAUCAGAAAAGGCCAGACUCCGCAAAGGAAUAAAUAUCCUUAUCUCGACUCCUGGGCGGCUGGUGGAUCAUAUCAAAUCCACGAAGAACAUUCAUUUUCGUCGGAUACGGUGGCUGAUUUUGGAUGAAGCAGACAGAAUCCUGGAUUUGGGUUUUGAAAAGGAUAUCAUGGUGAUACUCAAUGCUGUAAAUGCUGAGUGCCAGAAACGACAGAACGUCUUACUAUCGGCGACACUCACAGAAGGUGUGACCCGGCUAGCUGAUAUCAGCUUGCUCAAUCCGGUCAGGAUUUCUGUCCUUGAUGAGCACCGUGGCCAGUCUGAGCCACAGGGCGGAGCAGUUCUGGAGGCCUCCCCUCUCCCAGCUGGCAGCGAGCCGGACAGCUUUGCGAUUCCAGAAAGUCUCCAUCAGCACGUGGCCCUGGUUCCCAGCAAACUGAGGCUCGUCUCCCUGGCGGCCUUCAUCCUGCAGAAGUGCAAGUUUGAAAAAGACCAGAAGAUGAUCGUCUUUUUCUCGAGUUGUGAGCUGGUGGAGUUCCACUACCACCUCUUCCUGCAGACCCUGCCGAGCCGCCUCGGGGCCCCGGCGUCCGGGCAGCCGCCAUCUGCGUCCACGCGAUUAAAAUUCCUGCGGCUGCACGGCAACAUGGAGCAGGAGGAAAGAACAGCAGUGUUUCAAGAAUUUUCACAUUCCAAGACAGGCGUCCUUCUUUGUACGGAUGUUGCAGCUCGGGGCUUAGAUCUCCCUCAAGUCACGUGGAUUGUUCAGUACAACGCGCCGUCGUCACCUGCUGAAUACAUCCACCGGAUCGGGAGAACCGCCCGGAUUGGCUGCCAUGGGAGCAGCCUGCUCAUUUUGGCUCCUUCGGAGGCAGAAUAUGUCAACUCGUUGGCUUCUCACAAAAUCAACGUGUCUGAGAUGAAGAUGGAAGAGAUUUUGUCUGCUCUGACAAGGGACGACUGUUUCAAAGGGAGCCGGUGGGGAAGCCAGAAAUCCCGUGCUGCCGGCCCCCAGGAAAUCCGAGAGCGAGCCACAGUCCUGCAGACGGUAUUUGAAGAUUACGUGCACUCCAGUGAGAGCAGGGUCUCCUGGGCGAAGAAAGCUCUGCAGGCCUUCAUCCGCGCCUACGCCACCUACCCCCGGGAGCUGAAGCCCAUCUUCCAUGUCCGGUCGCUGCACCUCGGCCACGUGGCCAAGAGCUUCGGGCUGAGGGACGCCCCCCAGAAUCUUGGUGUCGCAGUUGUGAAGAGAAGGAAAGCAAACCCAAGCAGGCCUGACCUUCCUAAGAAGACCCGGAGUAAACACUGCCUCGCUGAAAUCUUGCGUUCGGAAUACUCAAGUGGGAUGGAGGCCCGCGUCGCCAAGGUCAAAAAGCAAAACAAACAGGCAGAGCCCGGCAGCCAGCCACGCAGCGCUGUCUGCCACCGGCGCCCAGCCUCAGCCGUGGGAAAAACUAAGAAACGCUUCCCGUGAAGCAGAAAAACCCAAAAAGACUUAACUGGGGGACCACAGGACUACCCCAAAAAAGUUUUCAGUUGUUCUUUUUUUUAACUCUGCCUCCACAGGCCGGUGCUGAUGCCCUGUCCUUGUCGGGAGCCUUGUGGGAAGUAAUGGUGCCACUUUUCCCUGAACACGAUGUCCCCGGCCCGGAGAAGUCACAGCCCUCGUCCUGGCAGGGGCGGGGGUUACUGCUUACCUUCGUGAGAUAGCUUAUACUUCUUAUCUCUUCCACCAGAACCACCUUGGCCUCCGGGUUGCAGGCACUUCUUGACCUCCAGCAAGGGCCUAGUGGGGCCGGCAUCAGCGGGAGGCCUCUUCCUGCCACGGGACAGGGUUCUGAACAAGUCUCAGAGUUUUCAUUAGCUACCCUGUACCAGCCACAUGGACUAGCAUGCAUUUUGGAAAGUAGGAUUUUAAAAACUGGAAUGCACUUUGUGAAAGUGAAAGAAAAGACAUCAGCUCCUCUUCUUGGUGUACAGGUGCUUUGUGGGGAAGGACCCAGCAGGUUAGGGUGCGGGUCAGAAGACUCCCGGUCCUGCCCGCGGGCUGCUCCGAACCCGUUGCGUUCACUCACGCGCAUGGCUGCCUUGGCCAUGUCCACGGAGAACUCUCGGGACUGAUGGAUGUACUGCUGCCUUUUCUCCUUUUUUUUCUUUUUCUUUCUUUUUUUUUUUCUUUUCUUUUUUUUUUUUUACUGUUGCCUUUGAAGUCAAAGGGCACCAGUCUCCGACUGUUUUCUCCCAUCGAAUCCCACCUUGUCUUCAAGUUUUGGGUCUGGGUUCUUUGUAGUGAGGCCCAGGCCUCAGUCACCCCUCCCCCAACUCUGUUUCCCUGGGAGGUUUGAAAGCCCCGCCCCCACCCGACCCCGCAGUGAUUUCCCAUUGGGACCCAUUGGGACCCGGGACUCCAGAGGGGAGUCUGCGCGGACUGUUAGGACUCCGUCUGUCUGUUCCCUCCACUUUCUCUGUUCUCUUUGCUGCCUUCCUCCUCCUCCAGCUCCUGCCCAGGGAGCUGAGGCCCCAUUUCAGUAAACCCUCCAGAGCCACAGGAACUAAGUGGCCAGGAGCGGGUCAUGAGAGUGGCAUGGUGGCUGCUUGUGGGGUCCGUGGAAGGGUCGGCUUCCUCGCCACCAUCCCUCUCUGAUAGGGUAGGGGCCGGAGGCGGCCCCCGGGAGAGGGCCAGUGGGAGCCCAGUGAGUACUAAUCCUCCAUGGUGGGGCGGGGGCACGGCGAGAGUGUGACCUCUUCAGAUCACUUGUCACAUACGCAUUCAUAGGGACGGUUGGUGAAAUUUCUAACAAUAAUAAUAAUGAUACUAAUAAAUUCCUACAGCACAUGUCAAGCUGA